AAGGCUUGGCGGCGGCGGGAGCGGCCGUGCUGUGAGCCGGUGCCGGAGGGCGCGAUGGCGGCGCCGGAUUCGGAUGUCGAGUCGCUGCCUCGUGGGGCUUUCCGCUGCUGCCUCUGCCGCAUUACGACAGCCAACCGACCCAGCCUGGAUGCCCAUCUGGGAGGCCGGAAGCACAGGCACCUGGUGGAGCUGAGAGCUGCGAGAAGGGCCCAGGGCCUCCGCAGUGUGUUUGUCAGCGGCUUCCCCAGGGAUGUCGAUUCUGCUCAGCUCUCCGAGUACUUCCAGGCGUUUGGACCCGUGGCCAGUAUCGUCAUGGACAAGGACAAGGGGGUGUUUGCCAUCGUGGAGAUGGGCGAUGUGAGUGCUCGGGAGGCUGUGCUGGCACAGUCCCAGCACAGCCUGGGAGGACGCCGCCUGCGGGUCCGGCCACGGGAGCAGAAGGAGUUCCAGAGCCCAGCCUCCAAGUCCCCCAAGGGGGCCGCCCCUGACAGUCAGCACCUGGCCACGGCUCUAGCGGAAGCCUCGGACGUCGGGGCGCAGAUGGUGAAGCUCGUGGGGCUGAGGGAGCUGUCUGAGGCCGAGCGGCAGCUCCGCAGUCUCGUGGUGGCCCUGAUGCAGGAGGUGUUCACGGAGUUCUUCCCGGGCUGUGUGGUCCAUCCUUUUGGCUCUUCCAUAAACAGCUUUGAUGUCCAUGGCUGUGAUCUUGACCUCUUCCUGGAUCUGGGUGACGUGGAAGAGCCUCAGCCUGUCCCCAAGGCUCCGCAGUCUCCAUCCCUGGACUCGGCCCUGGCCUCCCCAUUGGAUCUUCAAGCCCUGGCUUGCACUCCAGCCUCGCCUCCAGACUCCCCGCCUCCUGAUUCUCCCCAAGGUUCUGAAGCUCUGGACUUGGAAACGCCUUCCUCGUCCCUGGCACCCCAGACUCCGGACUCUGCUCUGGCCUCGGAGACCCUCGCCUCUCCCCAGUCCCUGUCGCCGAGCUCACCGCUGCAGGAGGACAGGGGCGAGGGCGACCUGGGGAAGGCCCUGGACCUCGCAGAACCCCGGAAGGGAGAGACGACCGAAGGGGCUGCACUGCUGGAGCUGGUGGGAUCCAUUCUCCGGGGCUGUGUCCCUGGGGUGUACCGAGUCCAGACUGUGCCCUCGGCCCGGCGCCCUGUGGUCAAAUUCUGCCAUCGGCCCUCAGGACUCCAGGGUGACGUCUCCCUCAGUAACCGGCUGGCCCUGCACAAUUCCCGUUUCCUGAGUCUGUGCUCGGAGCUGGACGCGCGAGUGCGGCCCCUGGUGUACACUGUCCGCUGCUGGGCUCAGGGUCGCGGGCUGGCAGGAAGUGGCCCCCUUCUCAAUAACUACGCCUUGACCUUGCUCGUGAUCUACUUCCUUCAGACCAGAGACCCUCCUGUGUUGCCCACUGUGUCCCAGCUCACCCAGAAAGCAGGGGAGGGUGAGCAGGUGGACGUGGAUGGCUGGGACUGCAGCUUCCCCAGGGAUGCCUCGAGACUGGAGCCCAGUACCAACGUGGAACCCCUCAGCUCCCUGCUGGCCCAGUUCUUCUCCUGUGUCUCUUCCUGGGAUCUUCGCGGCUCACUGCUCUCCCUGAGGGAGGGUCAGGCCCUGCCUGUGGCGGGGGGCUUGCCUUCGGACCUCUGGGAGGGGCUGCGUCUGGGCCCCAUGAAUCUCCAGGACCCCUUUGACCUCAGUCACAACGUCGCUGCCAACGUGACGAGCCGGGUGGCUGGGCGGCUGCAGCACUGCUGCCGAGCGGCCGCCAGUUACUGCCGGAGUCUCCAGUACCAGCAGCGCUCCUCCCGGGGGCGGGACUGGGGCCUGCUCCCCCUUCUGCAGCCCAGCUCCCCCAGCUCCCUGCUGUCUGCCACACCCAUCCCCUUGCCCCCCGCCCCCUUUCCCCAGCUCACUGCUGUCCUAGUGCGGGUGUUAAAGGAAGCACUGGGGUGUCACAUUGAACAGGGAACCAAGAGACCACGGUCAGAAGGGGGUGGGACGGAGGAGUUUGCCCCGGAAGGGACCAGCAAAAGGGUGAAGCUCGAUGGACUGAAGAGCCGCGAGGAGGAGAAAGAGGAACCGCAAGGCUGUGCCGGGGUCCACGGUGAAGAUGGAGUGGAGGAGAUGGUGGUAGAGGCCGGAGAGGCGGUGCAGGACUGGGUCAUGCGGAGCCCGGGGCGGCUGGGGGAUCCGCCCCCGGUGGCUGGAGGAGAAGGGCGGCCAGUGCCUGCAGAGCAGGGGCCCAGGGGACCUGAGCGUGAGACGGGGACGGGGCCAUCACUGCUCUCCGCGAGCUGGCCCUGCGCCCUGUGGCACCGAGUGUGGCAGGGGCGGCGGCGUGCCCGCAGACGCCUGCAGCAGCAGGCGAAGGAAGCGGGGGAAGGUGCUGGCGCGGGAGCUGGGUGGCUGGCCAUGGAGGCGCGGGUCAGCCAGGAGCUGAGAGGACCGGGGAGUGAGCAGAGGCCAGCCUCGGCGCCCCUCCUCACCUUCCUGGUGUCCGCCUCGGCAGCCGAGCAGACCCUCACCGUGGCCCCUCUCCAGGAUCCGCAGGGCCUCUUCCCUGAUCUCUAUCAUUUCCUCCAGGUGUUCCUCCCCCAAGCACUGCGAAUUCUCCUCAAGUGAAGGCAGGCCGCAGGCAAUAAAGCUGCUAGUUUAAUA